AUGAGGUCGCUGGAGGCGGGGCCCGGCCCCUCCGCCGUCCUGCACCCGCAUCCUUGCCAAUGGUCUGGCAGAGUGCUGGUGGCGGGCGGCAUGGGGCGCAGAUGUCUGCGGCACAGGGCACGGCUGAGGGUGGAAGGGCGGGGACGACUCGGUCUUGAGGUGUUUGCACUUGAUGCUGCACUUCCAUUCGAUUACGAAAGUAGGAUGCAGGAGCAGCUGUCCCAACAAAGGAAGCUGAAGAUAGGAAUCGUCGGGUUUGGAAAGUUUGGCCAGUUCUUGGCAAAAAGGCUUGUACAGCAUGGGCACCAGGUCUUGGCGAUUUCACGGACUCCAUAUUUUGACGAGGCUGCAAAGCUUGGCAUCCAGUUCUUCACAGAUGCGGACGACUUCUGUGAAUGCCAUCCAGAUGUUGUCGUGGUGUCAACAUCUAUUAUAUCCCUCGAGUCUGUGCUCUUGUCCCUGCCAUUCCAAAGGUUGAAGAGGAGCACACUGGUUGUGGACGUCCUUUCUGUGAAGGUGUUCCCAAAGCAACUGUUUCUUAGGACCCUCCCCCCGGAACUGGACCUCCUGUGCACCCACCCGAUGUUCGGCCCUGACAGUGGCCAGGGCACGUGGGAGGGCCUGAACUUCAUGUUCGAAAGAGUUCGUAUCGGAGACAGCCCCGAAAGACAGCAGAGGGUGCAAGAAUUUCUCAAGAUUUUCGAGGUGGAGGGAUGCAACAUGAUAGAGAUGACGUGCGAAGAGCACGACAAGAAGGCAGCAAGCACACAAUUCAUAACCCACACCGUUGGCCGUGUGUUGGGGGCCAUGGACCUGGAGUCUACUAAUCUGGACACAAAGGGGUACCAGUCGCUCGUCAACCUCGUCAAUAACACGACCAAUGAUUCGUUUGACCUUUAUUAUGGCCUGUUCAUGUACAACCAGAAUGCUACAGAGGAGCUGGACAGACUGGAGCGUGCCUUCCAGGACGUGAAGACCCAGUUGUUCGACCAGCUGCACGGCGUCCUCCGCGAACAGCUGUUUCACUUGGGUGAUGAGGUGGCGCAAGAGCCAGCUAACACACAAACAGGUGCCUCACUUUCAGCCGGGCGUUUUGAGGCUGCCAGGCGGCACUCAGAAAAUAGCAAUGGCCAUGUUGACAGGGAAGGCGAAGCUUCGAAGAGUUCAGUAGAAGGAACGUCAACCUGA